CGGCAGCCCCUCCGCCGGGAGUCCCUGCACGGGCCCGGAGUGCAGCCCCUCGGCCGGCAGUCCCUCCUCCGCCAGCAGCGCGUCCGUGGGGCCGGGCCGGGCCGGGGCCGAGCCCGCACCGGGAACUGCGCCGCCGUGUGCGCGUCGGGAGCUCCCCCCGCGCCGUGCCUGCCAGCAGCGGGGGAGGCAGCUGCGCGGGCAGAGCGAGGGAGGGAGGGGAGGAAGGGGCAGGAGGGACGAGGGAAGGCGGAGACGGGGCCAGCCCGAGGAAAUCAAACGGCCCCGACAUGAAUUAGGCAGCGGCUGCAGAGGGGAGGGCUCCCUCCCCCGCUCGCUGGCCCCGCUCGGAGCGGCGCUCGGGGCGCGCACGCACACACGGAGCGGCGGCGGCGGCCGGGCGGGAGGGAGGCAGGGAGGGAGGGCGGGGGGGCCGGCAGAUGAAGAUGGCAAUGUCUGUGAUCCAAGCGUGCCGCAGCCUGGCGCUCUCAACAUGGCUGCUGUCCUUUUGUUUCGUGCAUCUGCUGUGCCUGGACUUCACCGUGGCCGAGAAGGAGGAGUGGUACACGGCCUUCGUCAACAUCACCUACGCCGACCCGGCAGCCGGCAGCGCCGAGCUCCGCAGCGAGAAGAGCGAGUGCGGGCGCUACGGCGAGCAGUCGCCCAAGCAGGACGCCCGCGGGCAGGUGGCCCUCUCCGCCUCGCCCGCCGACCGCUACGCCUGCGACCCCGGCACCCGCUUCAACGCCCCGGCGCCGGGCAAGAGCUGGGUGGCCCUGAUCCCGCGGGGAAACUGCACCUACAAGGACAAGAUCCGCCACGCCGCCGCCCAGAACGCCUCCGCCGUCGUCAUUUAUAACGUGGGCUCCAGCAACGCCAACGAAACCAUCACCAUGCCCCACGCAGGCUUAGAAGAUGUUGUAGCAAUAAUGAUUCCUGAACCCAAAGGAAAAGAGAUAGUGAGCCUCCUGGAGAGGAACAUUACUGUGAUGAUGUACAUAACCAUCGGGACUCGCAACCUGCAGAAGUACGUCAGCCGGACCUCGGUGGUGUUCGUCUCCAUCUCCUUCAUUGUGCUGAUGAUCAUCUCCUUAGCAUGGCUGGUCUUCUACUACAUCCAGAGAUUUCGCUACGCAAAUGCCAGAGACAGAAAUCAGCGCCGGCUUGGAGAUGCUGCGAAGAAAGCAAUCAGCAAGCUGCAAGUCAGGACAAUCAGGAAAGGUGACAAGGAGACUGAGCCAGACUUUGAUAACUGUGCUGUUUGUAUCGAAGGCUACAAGCCCAAUGAUGUUGUCAGGAUAUUGCCUUGCAGGCAUCUUUUCCACAAGUCCUGUGUAGACCCCUGGCUGCUAGACCAUCGUACCUGCCCGAUGUGUAAAAUGAAUAUUCUAAAAGCUCUAGGGAUUCCGCCAAAUGCAGAUUGCAUGGAUGAUAUACCUCCAGACUUGGAAGCAUCCAUAGGAGGACCACCGACGAACCAGAUCACAGGAGCCAGUGACAUUACCGUGAAUGAAAGCUCUGUGGCCCUGGAUCCCCCAGCCCGGACCGUGGGAGCGCUGCAAGUCAUCCAGGACGUAGACUCCUUUCCUCAGGCUGGCGAGAGUAACUUCACAACAAGCAAUGAACAGGAGCCAGCAGUCAGCAGCGAUUCAGAUAUUUCAUUGAUUAUGGCAAUGGAGGUUGGACUCUCCGAUGUGGAGCUUUCCACUGAUCAAGACUGCGAAGAGGUGAAAUCUUGAAAAACAGAGAUCCAACACUAAACUACAGGGGACGGUCACGGGUAGGGACUGAGUCAGCUUUCUAGGAUUUGGACCAGUCAUGCAUAUGCCUCCAGAGCACUGUCACUCCUGCACACUCCAUGCUGAGAUGGUCAUGAAAAGCAAUAGCAGCUGUUGUGUCUGCCUGGAAGCGGUUUCAUCAUCUGCACACCUUUGUUUGGUUCACAUGGGAGGUGGAGACACUUCCAGUUUACCCACGUGCUUGAGAGCAGUCAUGGAACUCUCCAGGGGCUCAUAAACAUGCAACUGAAAUGACAGCUUGAGUGUUUUUUACACUUGUUCAAUCAAAUUUUUGUUGUGUUUUUUGAAAAGGCAUAUGUUUAUUUUGUUUGUUUGUUUAUAGUUUGUUAUCAAUGGACACUUUGUUUUUAUUGACUGAUCCCAGCUUUUUCAAGAGUUCAGUCCAGAAACCUGAAUUCCCAUUCAUUGGUCACUUCAUGAUCUGACCAAGAUUUAUCAUUGCCUUGUUGUUUCUGCAUGAAUUACAUGUGGCUGGCUUCAGAAGGAUCAUGCACCAGCACCCUGCAUUAAUGUAACACCUGCCUUCAUUAAGUGGCAGGCUUGGAAAUGGUAUAUUCUGAAGGCUUUUAUUUGUAAGAGAGCUCUGAAUUAGCAGAAAUUUGGGUUAAAAUGGCAUUAGUUUGUCUCUUAAAGUUCUGUUCUAGACAAGUAUUGUACUGUGUGAAGGAGAGAAAGAAGAGCUUAAAGCAUCACUCCAUCCAUGUAGUCCUGUCCUGCAUUUUAUGCUACUCACAGGUGUCAGUACAUUCGUGUCCUUCCUCCAAGUAACAAUUCAGUAGCUGGAAAAAAAGAUCUAGUGUAACAUCACUUCUGAAUUUUACAGACCAAAACCAGAUCAGUGGGCUAAAGGAGCAUCUGAGAGGUUUCCAGAGGCUGCUUAUUAACAGUUCUGCAAUAAGCAGGUGACAGUAUUCUCACAAAGUGUCUGGAGAUGCUGCUGUCAGUGUCAGAAAUUGCUAAGGGAGCAAGAGGCAACAAUUUGAAAUGUUUAAUUCCUGGUUUGCUUUGGGUCUUUUCUCUUAGUGUGUUUCAUUUCUUACAUUUUGACAGCAGUUUUUGUCUGCUUGUUAUCUAAAAAGAGUUCAGGUAGUUUGUUGCCCUCCAGAGUCCCUGUCAAUGUUUUCAGAAGCAUAACAGAAUAUUUGCAAUUUGUGUACAGCUACAUACACCAAAAGAUAUUGGGGAGGGAAUUUGAAAAUAAAAGAACUAAUAUAAAUCAAAACACCUAAAUAAUAAUGACCUGACAUAAUAAUUUAUUUAAUCCUGAGCUCUGCUUUCCAGGUAAGAGCUCAUUGUUAAUUGUUCAGUGUGUAAUUUGGUUUUUCAGUGAAAAUACUCAAAUGUGAAGAAGCUUACUGUUACAUAAGAAUACAUAGUUUCUGCUGAGAGUCAGAUGAUUUGAAUCACAUUACUGCCUCCUGAGUCAGUCCUCAGAAUCAACAAUUCAUUUUACAUUGAGAUUUCGUGCAGAGGUCAAACAUUUUGACUUGGCAGUGUCAUGGCAGCAUCUCAAAAUGCAACUGUUGGGGCUCACUGCAUUUAAUCUCCUUGUGGAUUUACUUGUUAAAUGUGAAAACCAGCUUCCAGCCAAAAUUUUUGUUUGUCAGAUUUUAUUCAGGAACAAAUGUGUUUAUCCCUAAAAUUUUGGCUGACUUGCUUCUUCAUUAUAAAAAGAAGGAAAAAUAUUCUACAUGCUCUUCUGUCCAUUUAGAACUAAUUGAGCAUUUUGUUUAAUUUUGUUUUAUGUUCUUUGUCCCUAAAUUGCAGGGUAAUCUUGACGUAAAGAUUUUAAACUGAAAGAGGGCAGAUUUAGAUUAGAUAUUAGAAAUAAAUUAUUACUGUGAGGGUGUUGAGGCACUGGAAGGGGUUGCCCAGAGAAGCUGUGGAUGUCCCAUCCCUGGAAGUGUUCAAGGCCAGGUUGGAUGGAGCUCUGAGCUACUUGGUCUAGGGAAAGAUGUCCCUGGCUGUUGCAGUUUGUUUUGGGAGGGGGCACCCCAGGGUGUCCCCAGAGGGCCCCCUAGGCUGUGAGUUG